GUGGCAUAUGCUCGCCCAUCUUAUAUGUACAAUGGCAACUAUUCCUUCCAAAGACACUGCCGUCGUUAACGCCGAUAAUGCAGAGCCUCUCUUAUUUCCCUCUACCACCGAUGAUAUGGAAGUCGGCCCCGAUUCUACCAAAGUCCAUAGGACACCCAGGACCAUCUACGAAAGGCCUUUAUCUUCCUUACCCGACACACACGAGCCUAUAGAUAUCGCUCCCAAGGCCACGCUCCAACGCUACCGCCUGGUAUAUUGCCGGCGCUUCGUUGAUGAAUGCACUCUUCAGAUUGACGGGUUCGACGAGUUCCCAAAUGUCGAAUAUGCCACGAUAUCUUACGUCUGGCAUGGCAACAAACCAGACUCUAUCUGCGAGCUUGGCCAACUGUUUGCCGUCAAAGGAGCUGAAGAUGCUGAUUUAAUUAGCGUCAACCUUCUGAGGCAAACCCGUAUGGUAGUGGCUAGACAGGCUGUGCAUCCUGCAGACUGACCGUGACGAUAAAAAGUGGCAGAUUGCUAAAAUGUUUCAGCUUUACCAGUCAUGCAAGCUGUGUAUCGUGUUGCCUGCGGGUUUGCAGGUUAUCACUGACUUAUAGAAGGAGACUACAUGGUUAUAUCGUG